AUGGUACAUCCACUGGAGCUUCGCUUCAAAUACCACUUCAGCGGGGACAGGCCAACAAACCGGCUUGACAAGCCGGAAUAUUUCCUUGCUCAUCUGACGGACCUCCUUAACAACUUUGGCGGGUUUUUUGCUUCGUCUUUGCAGCCUAUCUUCGACGAAAAGGCACAGGCUGUCGGAUCUGAUCUGGAGUGGAAUUUUUACAACGCCUCACAUGCCUAUAUUACGGCUCUUUUGCCAAUUCUGAGACAUAAGAUAGCCUCAUAUUUGCCUCAAAUCUCAAGCCACCCGCAGUUGCUGAGUCACUUCGUCCACGAGUUGAUGAAUUUCGACAACGAAAUCCGUGAAUCGUGGAAUUACCUACCAGAUCCUUAUACUGAUGAUAAUUGGAAGGGCAUGACGUGGGAGGUGCUAACCGAACAAGGGUGGUUUGAGCUUUGGCUUCAGGUUGAGAAAGAUUUUGCCUUGGCACGGUAUAAGGAAAUUGUAGAUGCGCCGGAUAGUGGUCAUAUCGAUUAUGACGGUGUCGAUCGUUCUGCGACAAAGCCUACUAAAGCUGCAAUCCGUGUCAACGAUCUUCUCGAGACAAUAACAGAGCGUUACCAGCCUCUGUCGUCAUUCAGCCAGAAGUUACGCUUUCUCAUUGACAUCCAGAUCACGAUAUUUGACCAAUUCCAUGAACGGCUGCAUUCAGCGCUGGAAGCCUACCUUGCAAUGACGUCGACGAUUGGCCGCACAGUGCAGGGUGCUGAUGGAACUAGUGUGGAGGGUGUUGCAGGGCUAGAACGGCUCUCCAGAGUUUUCGGAAGCGCCGAAUAUCUUGAGAAGAAAAUGGAAGACUGGAGUAACGAAGUGUUCUUCGUAGAGCUUUGGUCUGAACUUCAAGAACGAGUCCGACAGAACAAGGAUGGCGGCAAGAACGUGGCUGGCUCGAUGUCUGUUGCGGACGUUGCCUCGCGGACGUCUCAAGCUGUGACGAAUGGUAACGAUCAUGGAGAGGCCUCUGAGGGAGCCUUGUUCGAUGAGACAGCAUCCGCAUAUCGCCGCCUGAGGCUCCGCUCAGAAUCCAUCAUUACAUCAACUUUGACUUCAAACAUGCGCACCGCCCUUAAACCCUACUCUCGCGUUUCGACGUGGGCAACUGUUUCUGCUAGUUUGGCUUCUCCUUUGCCUCCUACUUCGGAUCUUUCGCCGGCAAUGCGUACUCUAUCCACCGAGAUCUCCUUCCUUUCUCGCACCCUGGGCGUCGCACCCUUGCGCCGUAUCGUCCGCCAAGUGCUUCUCUCCAUCCAAACCUACAUCUGGAAUAAUAUUCUUACGAGGAAUAUGUUCUCCGCUGCAGGGGCAACGCAGCUAGUAAGCGAUGUUGAGCAUCUCUGCAAUGUCGUUGAUGCGGCCCUUGGUUCGGCGGCUCAGGUUGCAGCUCAGCGAACUGGGCCAAAGUCAGCAGAGAAUGGGUCUGCAUCGCAGGACAGCGAUCAGCAGGGAACGUCGCCGCUGGGACUGUGGGACGUAGAGAAGAGGCUGUUCAAGGACAACGAAAGCGCAAGGGUUGUCCUUGGUGAAUUGAAUAUCGAAACUCUCUCCGAAGCGGAGGCGAGAAGUGUUCUGGAGAAGCGAGUCGAAAUCAGUAGUUAA